AUGGCCCUCCAAUCUCUGAAAGAGGUGCCUGUGUCAGCAGGCCAGGUGGAGAACUAUGUGUUGCUGCUGGUGCUGCUGAGUGUUUUUGCCGGGGGGACGUUGGUCCUGCUCUCCCUGCUGCUCCUCUUCUGUCACCACUGCUGCAUGGGCGGACGACGCUACUCCAGAGCCAGCGAUGACCCUGAGAAGACAAACACCACUUAUGCUGAGGAUUCUCAGCCCACCCAAGAGAUCACCAUUCGUCUGGAUGAAUCAGAUGCUCUCUCAGCCUCCAGCUGCCAUGAGGGAGAGUCAGAGCGAUUCGUCUUCACUGGGUCGACUGGUCGCAGAGUCUCCUUCAAUGAGUCCGCUCUUUACGAACAGGAGAAGACGACACAGGAAAAAGGACGCAGAUACACUCUCACUGAGGGAGACUUCCAUCACCUGAAAAAGGCCCGACUGACCCACCUCCACCUGGCUCCGGCCCCGUGUGACCUGAAGAUCCUCACCAUCAUGGAGUGUGACUCAGCGGACAGCAGCAUGGUCAACAUCAGUGACACCGCAGCUCAGAAACUGCCCCUCACCAUCUACCAGCCUGGUGAGAGAAGAGUCCCCGACUGGCUGGGACAGAGUCUGAGUGGAGGGCUGCCAGGAGACCCUCACCACUCCAUCAUCCUGGACCAGGGGCUCAGACAGACAUCAUCAGUCAUGAAACCGCAGCACACACGGUCCCAGACAAUGGAGGCUAUCGGCGACAGGGCCGAGGCUGAAAGCGAAGGGAGUAUGAGAGGAGAGCUGAUUCAAGCUCAGGGCCAGACUUCAGUUCUACAUUUCUUCUCUAAGCUGCGGCGCCACGCUAGUCUGGAGGGGGCGGGGCCUUUCUUCAGGAGGUGGAAGUUCGACAGCAGUCCCCGAGCUGCCAGUCUGGAUGCCAAAGGUUCGCCCAAGAGAAGGCCCUUCCAGAGACAGAGAGCAGCCAGUGAAACCACCGAUCACACCGAAGAUGAGUCUUUAUCUCUCCAAGAUGAGGUCAUGGAAUCCUCUCCACACACUCCCAUCCAGACCAGUGAGCUCCAGUCCCUCUCUGCAGAGUCUCUGUCUCACCACACUACUACACCCCCCUCUUCAGUCUUCCUCAGCAGGCUAAACCUGGAGGCCAUGGCGGAGGUAGGUAGAGGCAGCAGCACCAGGAGAGAGGAAACCUGUUUGCAAGCGGACGACUGUCAUGCCAAGAGACACGACGAGGCCACAACCAACGGGACAGGAGUGGAAACUGAAACAAAACUAGGUGUAAGAGUUGUAAGAGCAGAAGCCGUGGGAGUCAAGCUGGGAUGGAAGGAGGAUGACGACCCAUUUGGGGCGCAACAAGAAGCUGCAGAACGGUUUGAAGACAUGUUGAGGAAAACAAAUGGUGCACAGACAGAGGGCAUGGACGCAGAUGUGAGGAGAAAGAAUGAGGCGGACGUAGAAGACGUGGUGCUGGGAGCUGAGGCCCGGCGAAGGGCCGACUCCGGGUCGUCUCUUUCCUUCAUGAUUCGGCAGGAGAGCUUGGAGCCCCCUCCCUCUCUGUACAGAGACAUUUGGAGCUUGAGGGCCUCCCUGGAGCAAUACGCCUCCUCAGACCAGAGCAGCACAGAUCGGGAGUCCAUCCGCAGUGAUGCCGAUAGCGUCUCAUCCUAUGGUGGUGCGGGAGCUCGCUCUGGUCUGGACAGCUACUUGUCCCAGGAUCUGGAUGAUGACCCUGACGGAGAAGGGGUGGGGGAGGUCAUGGAUGGAGGAAUCAGAGGAGCCACAGGUGGCGACACUGAGAUGGGAAGUGGAGCCGGAGGAGAGGGUGAGGCGAGUAACAGGAAGCUCCUUCAGAUGGACAGUGGCUACGCCUCUAUUGAAGCACCAUCCAGGGCCCCUGAGGAGAUGCGACUUUUUGGGACUCCAGGAUCCCAGAGAGGAAAGACAGCAUCGGAGAGAAGGUUGUUCUUCACCAACUCUGGAAGAAAAGGUUCAGUGUGUGAGAGCAUAGAAUCCAAACUGUUUCAGGAGGAGAUGGAAGACGAGAUGGCCGAUGGCACAGAGACAGAGAAACUAAAGGCGAGAGCUCACACCUGCAGCCAGUCUCUUACCCUUCAAGAACCAUACCAACUUCUGAAAUCCCUUCAUCCUCAGAAACCUCCAGUGUCACAAUCACAGCUCAUAACUCCUCUGAUGAAGCAAAUCCCACCGCCCCCUAGUCCUCACAGACCUCGCCUCCGCCACCGCGACUACAGCAUUGACGAGAAGACGGAUGCACUUUUCAACGAGUUCCUGCGACAUGACCCCCGGUUCGACCAGCAGGAAUCUCCGCUGCGCUCCAGGCACCGCUCCAGGGUUCACCUUCGGAAGCAGUGGCAGAGACACAAGCAAUACAGCGACCCAGGGUCAUGCACCGGGGGUAGGUACUCCCCUUCUUUAGAGAGGCAGAGGUUUACUCCGCUGAGAAGGGGUGACAGCGCCGGAUACCCUCUGGACACCAGGUAUCACAGCACGCUCUCACGCAUCGCAAGUGCUGCCGACGAAGAAGCCAGCGAGGUUGCAGAUUGCGAGGAGGCAGCCAUCGAGAGUGGGGAGAACAAAGAUCCAUCCAAGGACGGAGUUGCAGCAAGCAAAACAUCUGAAGGCACAGUUGCAAAAAGGAGCAGCUCCAGUUGCGCAGGGUCGGGCGGAGAAGGCCACGGCUGCCAAGUCACCGCAAGCAAGGACUCUGAAAGCACAGGCAGCCAGUCUUUGAACACUGGGACUGCACAAACAAGCUGCAUGGAUCCAAGAUGCAACAACAGGAACAACAACGGUAGUCAAGCUAUCCUGUCAGAGGUGUCCCUGCAGGAGGAAGGCAGUCUGUCUGACAAGCUGGCGGAAUCAGUGGAGGAGAGGCUCUACGGCGGCCUUCGCACCGCAGAGAAACUCAGCCAGGGAGGAUCGGAGCGUGUGCUCGCCGUGUCACGCACGUCCUCACCUGGCUUCAGUCCCAUAUAACCUGCCGACACCGCCAUCUUCUUCAUCACCUUUAUAUCAGAUCCAUCGUGUUGACCACAGACUGCAAACAAAGUAGAGAGCAACUCAAACCUCCUCAUGUGUUAGACACUUGGUCAUUAUCAUUUUCCUUUACAUCGGGACGAUUCAUUAAAAUAAAUACGGUCUGAAAACUGACGCAUCACACACACACACAACUUUGUACUUCUAUCUUAUUGAGGACAUUCAUAGGCAUAAUGCAUUCCCUAACCCCUCCCCCUAACCAUCACAACUGAAUCCUAACCCUGGUCCUUACCCUGACACUAACCUAAAGCUAAUUCCUACCCUAAGAGGAAGUCUUAACCUACUGGGUCAGAAAGUGAGGACUGGCCAGAUUGUCCUCACUUUCACUCAAUCUAAAGGUCAAGCUCAGAAGAAGUCCUCACAAAGAUAGGUGUACAAGUAAACACACACCAACACACACAUACACAGUAUAUAUACACACAUAUACAUUUAUUUUAAGACUGAAGUACUUUCUCAAUAUCCAGUCUCUUCCAAUGAUUCCACUCAUACCUUAAUUUCCACUGUGACAUGUGAUGCCCCUUUUAUUGGUAACUGCUCCUCAGAUCAAAUGCAUCCUUCGUUACAUAGAUUAGAAAAUAAAGACCCAUCUUUAGAAAAAGUUAAUAUUUUCAGAAUUAACUGUGAAUUUCCAGCAUGCUACUGUAUGUCAAAACAAUGUCGAUGUGUAAACUGUACAGUUUGAACCUUAAAACAAAUAGCACUUUGAUGGGAAGAAAGAUAAUGAUUGCUUUUACUGUCACCCAUUUCUUUCAUUUUUAAACUAUGUCCUCCUCAAGUGUCCUUCUCGUCUCAGUCACCAUGAGGGUGUGCGUGUAAGAGCUCCUGUGUCGGCUAAUGGAUGAACAAUUCUGACCAUGUGGAAACAGAAAAAGACUUUACUCUUAAUGGUUUUGUGUUUGAAGCAAUCUCUCUUCAGGAUCAUCAGAUCUGGAGGUCACACGCUAUAUAUCAUACAAGUAAAAACAGAUGGGUAAAAACCCAGAUUAUAUCGACAACAUAGCACUUGAGAAUACACGUAUCAAGUUUUUUUGUCAUCAAAUGGAACCUGUUUUGUCAUUAGUCAUCUGUCACAUCCUGGAGUGUGGUGCCACUGCCGGGCCGCUGCUGAUGUGGGGGAGACUGAUGGAUGAUACUUUGAGUGACUGAUACAGGAGCCUCUCAGGCUUCUUACACAGUUGGUCCAGUGACACAGGAGCGGAGGUCGGAACUGCUCCUGAAUCCCGGCAGAAUGGAAAGUAAUUGCUCUGUAUUACCCAACAAAAUAUACCUUUUUUUUUUGUCAUUGUCAGCAAAUCCCAUGAAAUGACACAAACCAACAAUAGACAGUCUAGUAUCACUUAUUAGAGGCGGAUUGUUGUUACAAAGGAUUAAAUGAUUAAUUAAAUAAAAUGAGCCACAGUGCUUCGCUUUCAUGAACAUCCACGAGAACAAGAAAUGUGUAUCAAUCCUCAGCUGAAAAUAUUCCCCCCCAAAACGCACUAGUUUGCUGAAAUGUACGGUAUCCAUGUGUUUUAGGAAACGCUUGUGUCCUGUUCUUUAAUCUUCAGUAGGAAUAAAUAGGUUUAAGGCCAAGAAGAAUGGACGGGGUAUAAAAGUGAUUAGAUAUUGAAAGGCAUUUGUAAAUGUUGUUUUUUGUCUUUUCAUAGAAAACAGGUAAUUUCAUUUUGAGAUAUGAAGUUGUACUCUUCACAUGUCAGGAUCAAAUCUGGAGUAGAGCAACAACUAAGAUUAUUAUUACUUUCGAUGCAUUUUUCUUGUUUUAAUCUUAAAUCCAUCAAAAAUGCCAAUUGUAAGAACAGGGACUUUCUUUGACAAAAAAAGAACAAAUACUUAUAUUAAUAUUUUAAACUCUUUAGAGGAAAAGCAGCAAAUCCUCGCACCGAAAAACCCACAACCAAAGAAUAGUGGAGCUUUCAAUUGACACCUGGCUUAAUCAAAAAGAGGGAAAACUGCUGCAGAGAAUGAUUUUGUAAAUUAACUAAGUUUUACUUAUUGCUGCGGCUGAUCUCUUCUGGAGAUGACUCAUAGUUUUGAAGCUUUUUAGGUGUCAUGACAUUUCAGAGACUGAACAUCCUUUUUUUUCUCUGUCUCUUCCAGUGUGGAUGUGUUUACAUUGAUGUUGAAUGAGGUGAAGAAUGUCACCUGGGAAACUGUGAUUGUUGCAGGUAUUUGUUUUCUUCCACACGCUAAUUUAAGCUGCAGUUCAUGUAUUUGAUCAAACUCAUGUCUUUGUCUUAUUCAUGGUGAGCCAUCUGCUUUAUUAUAAAAUAAGCCGUGCAGAAAGAAAAGGUCUUGCAGCCUUGUUGAUGGUGGGAGAACCAUAGAGACAACCAUAUUGUGUUGAUGUAAUGUGAUUCAUAGAACAGUAUGUAUUGUGCAGAAUUUUU